CCACCCGAUCGAUCACUGUGCGUGAUCCUGUCUGCUCUGCCCGGCUCAGCUCCUCCUCGAGCGCGCAAGCCGCAAGCGUGGCGUCCUCGUCGGGGCGGCGCUUCCCAUCGGACGCCACGGCGAUCGCGGGCUGGCUGCCGGCGGCCCCCGGCGGCCGCGGGGACGACCUCUCCCUCGGCUUCAAUGCCUCCGCGGGGCCCGGCGCGGGCUCGCUGGCGGCCGGGCUCUGGGGCCCCGCGGCCUCGCGCCAGGCCGCCGCCGCGCUCGGGUACGGGGCGGUAGGCGCCGCCGGUGACGUCGGGAUGCUGGUCGUCUCGCCCGCGGGCUCGUUCCACCACCAGCGGGCUGCCGCGGCGGCGGCCGCCGACGACCCCGUGUUCCCGCUCGUCGCCGCGGCGCAGCGCACCCUCGUCGACGCUGACGCCGCCUCCGGGAAGCCGCCUGCGGGCGCCAUCCAGUUCUGGCACCCGGAGCCCCCGGCGGGGGCUUUGGACGGCAAGAAGGCCCUCGCCGCCAUGCUGGACCAGGGCCGCGGCUCCGGGUCCGGCGCGGCGACGUGCCACGACUGCGGCAACCAGGCCAAGAAGGGGUGCGCGCACAGCCGCUGCCGCACCUGCUGCAACAGCCGCGGCUUCGACUGCGACACCCACGUCAGGAGCACCUGGGUGCCCGCCGCUCGCCGCCGGGAGCGCCUCCAGGUCGCCGGCGCCGGAGCCGGGGCCGGCGCGUCCCCACCUCCCCCCGCUCCGCCCGCCGCUGCCAAGAAACCCCGCCUCGCGUGCCAGACCGCCACGGCGACCACCAACUCCCGCACCUCCACCUCCAACGCCACCACCCCUCGCAGCCUCGACACCUCCUCGAGCCACCAAGCCGCGUCGUUCAAGGACAACCUGCCGCGGCAGGUGCGGGGGCCGGCGGUGUUCCGGUGCGUGCGGGUGACGUCCGUCGACGACGGCGGCGGCGAGGUCGCGUACCAGGCGGCGGUGACCAUCAACGGGCACCUGUUCCGGGGCCUCCUGUACGACCACGGCGCCGACACCGACGGCCGCGCCGCCGACGCCGCGCAGCACGGCACCUCCGACCUCCACCUCGGCAGCGCCUCGGCCGCGGCUCCCGGGCCCAACCUGUACAGCGGCGCCAGCGCCCCGCUCAUCCUCGGCGGCCUGGGCUACGGCAACACGCCAUGAACUGAUGGGAGGCAAGCAGCAACAGCGCACCGCAGCCAGGAUCGAGCAGCAAGGGUACCUUUACCGGCUGUGUUUAGAUAGAUCGUAAAUUUUUUUCGAUGGAUUUUUGUUAAUUUAAAGUACUAAAUAAAGUUUAUUUAUAAAAACUUUUUACACCGA